AUGGCGAGAAACACUCAUUUCGGAGAUAAUUACCAAGGACUUCAGGUCGAAACAAAUGAAGGGUCAAUCACAUUUAAUCAGUCCCAAACCGUCGAGGAAAUCGAUCGAUUGUGUCUUAGGCAUCUGCGCUGCCCAGACUCACGGGCAGUGAAGAGCAGACUGAAAGAAAGCAAAGACAAAUUACUUCCUGAAUCGUUCGAGUGGAUCCUGCGAGACGAAAAGUAUGAAACUUGGCGAGAUGGGGAUGAAGUCUGCCUACUGUGGAUUAAGGGCGGGGCUGGCAAGGGGAAGACGAUGAUCGCCAUCGGCCUUGUUGAGGCACUUCAUCGAUUCUGCAACGAUAAGUCGAGUGCGGUGACAUACUUCUUCUGUCAAAAUUCAGACAGCGAACUCAACACUCUCGAAGGUAUGAUGAAAGGAUUGAUUCUGCAGUUGAUUCAUCAGCAACCGGCCCUCAAAGAGUGCAUACGAUCUCGCUGGAAUGCUGAAAAGAAUUCAUUUGAUGAAAAUCUUACUUCAUGGAGAGCUUUGUGGUACAUCCUUCUUGAGAUGAUAGACCAGUGUGACUCCUCAAAAGUAUACUUGGUUCUGGAUGCCCUCGAUGAGUGCCAUGAUGGUGAUAUGGAUGAAUUCCUGAAGGCCCUCGUGCGAAACGGGCUUCACUCUCCUGCCAGGAUAAAAUGGCUUCUGACAAGCAGGCCCCUAGACAGUGCAGAAAGGGCAUUACUGGCUGGGCAUGAACAGAUCCAACUGAGUCUCGAGCUGGAGUCAGAUCGUCUAUCCAGUGCGGUGAAAGCCUACAUCACCCACAAAGUGAACGAACUCGGCCACCAACAGGGGUACGAAAGGCCUUUGAAGGAGAACCUAGAAUCUCAGCUCCAGGAAAGAUCCGAGGGGACUUUUCUAUGGGUGAGUUUGGUGUGCAAAAUGCUUGAGAAUGUCUGUCCCGAGGAAUCCUUGGCUGCGAUUCAAAACAUACCACAUGGCCUACAACCUCUAUAUGGGCAGGUUUUCAGACAAUUAGGCAGUGGUAGGGCACAGGAAGUACAAAUGUGCAUGCGGUUGCUCAAAGCGAUGAUGUUGGCAUAUCGAGCAUUGACAAUGGAAGAGCUUGCGACUAUUGCUGCCCUGGUUGAUGGCAAAGAUGUGAGCCUUAGGUCAUUAAUCAUUCGCUGUGCUUCUUUUCUCAGAUUCCGGGGGCAGAUUGUUGAGUUUGUUCACCAGUCUGCCAGGGACUAUCUAUCCGGGAAACGUGCACAGCAUUUUCUUGACUCCCAUGGCACAUUCGGACACCAUGAAGUUGCUCUGAACUGCCUUUCUUGUCUUUCCAAAUAUCUGAAAGUCAACCUUCUUAACCUACGACCCGAUUCGGACAAAAGGACAAUCAAAGAGCUGAAGGCAGAUGGUGGAAGCAUUGUGCUGGCUACUUUGGAGUAUGCAGCUAUCUUCUGGGGGCAGCAUUUUCGGGAUAGUGUUAAUGUCAAGGCUCCGAGCCAAGCGCUUGACAAGGACUCAAUCAUUGACUUUCUCCACGCGAAACUUUUGGAGUGGGUAGAAUGCUUAAGCAUACUGGAUACGCUCCCAGUUGCUCUGACGACUUUGCACCUUUUGGAGAACGUAUUCAAGGAUGAACGAUCAUCACUCUUAUUUCUUACCGACUCUAUUCGCUUUCUCUACUGGCACUAUAUUACCCUGGACAAUUGGCCAGCGCAGGUUUAUGUCUGCGCUGUAGUUUGGAGUCCUGAAACAAGUGUCUUGAGAAAAAAGAAUUUGAGCCGACUCCCAUGGCUAAGGAAUGUCAAUGGUCUGAAACCUACAUGGGGAUCUCGGGUGCGGACAAUCAAGCUCGACAAUGAAGUUCUAGCAUCGAGCUUUUCUUCAGACGGCAAGAAGCUUGCUGCCCUCUGUUUGAAGUCUGAAUUGGAACAUACCAAAAGCAUCACUAUCUGGGACGUCGAAACGGGAACCAUACAGGGAGAGCUUUCCUUGAAAUCCACAGAUCAUAUCAGCCAAAUGAGCUUCUCACAGAACAACCAGAAAUUCAUAUGGAUUUCACAAAGGACAGAUACCAUUCACUUAUGGACAAUCACGAGUCAAGAUGUUCAAAUCAUACCAGUUGCAUAUUCGGGAUUUGGUAAAACCGUGGCCAUUUCAUCUACGAGAAUGCAGGUUGCAUCUAUAGUCUCUGGUCAUGGAAUCCUUAUUUGGGAUAUUGAAACUGGCAAAUUUCAGUGGCGUUUACCAAUAUGCUGGUCAUCUUCCCAGACUCUUACCUACACAACUGAUGGCAAUCGUUUAAUUUGCGAUUAUUCUGAUCGGGAAUUUGGCUUUUGGGACGCCACAACCGGCAUAUACCAGAGAGUGCGAAAGCCCCCAGGCUUUCUCCAUUGCGCAGGUCAUUCACCAGAUGGAUAUCAGAUGGCUUAUCAGUCCAAACCGAGUGUCUCCAACGGAUAUGCUACUUUCAUUUGGGAUACUAUAUCAGAUCGCACUAGGCUGAUAGAGGCUCAAAGUCCUAGCACCCAUCUUAAACAAUGUCUGAAAUUUUCACCAGAUGGAAAAAAGAUCGCAUGCGGAUCCACAAUGGAUGGAGAUAUCAAAGUUUGGGAUGUUUCGACAAAUAGACCCCAUGAGAUACUCUCGGAAUCGGGCCACGGGAUCAUUCGUGCAUUGGCAUUUUCUUCCUCAAGUGACCAGAUCAUAUCUUUGACAUGGCAGGGCCAUAUUGAUCUGUGGGAUGUGGGAACCCCGUCGGCAAAACAGAAAGAAUCGCCUCUUACAAACCACCACGACAUCACUUUCUCACUCGAUGGCAGAAUGAUUUUGUGCUGUAGUUCGUGGAAAUUUAUGAUUGUAGAUGCCAGGACUGGUGUCACUCAGAAGACAAUAUCAUCACCGCGUGGAGGAGGAAAAAUCAAAACUGCAAGGUUCCUACCCGGCAGCGAGAACAUUGUACUUGGGCUCGAGGGUGGGGUGAUGCUUUGGGAGGCUGCAGCCGGUACUUUUCAAUGGCUACGCCACAGUUCAGCCCUCAACAUAGCCCCAUCCCCAAAUGGCAAGUAUCUCGCGGGUAUCUUUGAUGCGGGCAGGAUUCGCAUAUGGGACAGCCGGACAGGAGCUCUUAAAAAGACGCUCAAAACCCACAGCCCCUUUUUUGGUCGUCUUGCUUUUUCUUCGGACAGCAAGCAAAUCUUAUCUUGGUCUGAUGAGGAUCUUAACAUUUGGGACAUUUCUCGAUCUUUGAGGGCUUCCAAGUUCUUUGGAGAUAUGAUCAGCAGUCACAUCCCAUGCAAAAUGCCAAAAUAUAUCAACUUCGAAAGAUUUGAAAUGCCGGGGGAAUUUCACGGAAUUUCAGCGGAUGGCCACUACGUUUUGUUGAACGAUGGCGCAUUUAACGUGAAUCACCUUCAUCAAAGAAGAUACCCAGGAAGGGCCAGAGAUGAUUUGCUACCUUUGCUCUAUCUCAAUCAAGAAGGGUGGAUAUGCUAUGGAAGGCAGGCUUUCAUUAGGCUCCCGCGGACGAUUAUAUCUUCUUGUCAAGAUCAGCGAGACGAAGAAAUUGUCAUCGGGUUCAAAAAUCGAGAAUUGAUUGUCUUGUAUAUUGAUACAACGGUUUUGUCGGAGAUGUUGGACUUCUAA